AUGGUUUCAGCUCUAAAGCAUGUAAUCACCGGAGGAGGAGCAGAUUCCGGCGGCGGAGAAAUGAAAGGUGCCACGUCAUCGCAUUUCGUACAACAAGCUGCAGAGAAUGUGAUGCCCUACCUCCCCGAUGCACCCACGUGUACUGCAUGCAAAAUUGUUGGCUGUUUAGGCUGUGAAAAUUUCGAAUCAGCCGAAAGUUCGAGGAGGAAUCGGAAGAAGAAGAAGAAGUAUAGAGGAGUGAGGUUUCGAGGGAAGUGGGUGGCGGAAAUUCGGAACCCGCACAAUGUAAAACGGGUUUGGCUGGGGACUUUUAACAAUGCGGAGGCGGCGGCUAAAGCUUAUGACAGGAAGGCGAUUGAGUUCAGAGGUGAAAAGGCCAAAACCAACUUCCCAUUAUCUCAUUACAAUGUUGAGGCUCAAAGUUAUGAGAAUAAUCAAGGCAUUGAUGGAUUAAUGGAGAAUAGAAGCACAGGCAAUGAAGAUCACAGAGGUAAAGGUCAGCGGCGGAGCCAGAAAUUUUGUUCAGUGCGGGCAAAAUUUAAUUAA